AUGGAGUCUGCAGGGCUCAGCUCGGCACCCAGCCUCAGCUCCGCCUCCAGCGUAGGAUCAAACUUCGUCGAAGCCCAACAGCAACAUUUGCAGGACCAGAGGCAAGCCGCGUUGGAUAGCGGCUCCGACUACAUCGCUGGGACGCCGGGCCUAUCCAAAGGUCUAUCACGCCCACUCACACAGCUAGAAAAGGACAGAUUGGAAUAUCUGGAUCGUCUCAAGUACUUCCUGGCAACCGCUCCAUCACGAUGGCACAGCACCGAUGCUGAACAGGGCGGGCCUCUCGCUGGUGGUUCGACUCCAUUCGCCCCAAAUGUGAACGUGUAUCCGGGGAUGGGUGUCGACGGAAGCUUCUCUGCCCAGGCGACUCCUAACACCCCAUCUCAUCCCCAACUCAACCGGUUCAUGCUGCCGAGUCAAGAGUUCGUAACCUGCGUUCUUUGGAACGGGCUUUAUCACAUUACGGGAACCGACAUUGUGCGAGCAUUGGUCUUCCGCUUCGAGGCAUUCGGCCGCCCUGUCAGAAACAUGAAGAAGUUCGAAGAGGGCGUCUUUAGUGACCUCAGAAACCUGAAGCCUGGCGUCGAUGCCUGCCUCGAGGAACCCAAGAGUCCAUUCUUGGAUCUACUCUUCAAGUACCAGUGCAUUCGAACGCAGAAAAAGCAGAAGGUUUUCUAUUGGCUUUUCCUCGAUGCCCUGGAUCGCGAUCUCAAACGGGAGAAGAUGGGUCAAGAGCCGACAACCGUCGUGACAGGGGAGCCCGCAGCUUCGUUCACAUAUGAUCCCAAGCGACCAUUGUACGAACAAUUCAGCAAAAUGCUCGGCGCAGUCGAUGGGGAGAGCGAGUUCGACAGGAAUGUUAGGCUUGCUGUGAAGGACAGUCGUCGAACCGGAGACAGCGCUACCGAUGGCGAUGAGAGCAGCAUGGACGAUGAGAGCGAUAUGCCCAGCGACGCCGACGACGAGCGCCGUCCUCGCACAGCCAGUGACGCCCUCGGAAAGCAGAUCUUCGGUCAGAUUCAACUACUUGGAAGCCGGACCUACAAACACAGGAAGCGAACUGCAAAAAGGGGAUCUCGGCAGGAGAGCGAGGGCCUUGGUGAUGAACCUCGAGGACGGGGCGACAUUCCUGGGACUUCUGGAGGUCGCUAUGGAAGCACCAGCGCAUCUCGAGAGCGCUCUCGAGCCGGCAUCAGCAUGCCUCAUUUCGGCAGCAUGAGGGACGAGUUUGGGCCCGGAUCGGUCGAUGAAAUGCAGCAGAGCGAACCCUCUCUUAGUGCAGCUGAUUUCUUCUUGAAGCAAGCUAAAGGAGAGCUCCUCCCCGCGGAUGGUAUCGCACGGAAACCACGGGUGCACCAGCCGGUCGGCGCUACUCAAGAUCCAGCCGCACAAUCAACUGGAAAUGCGCCCAAUUCUCAGCCACGCUCAGACCCUUCUCAACCUGCCCCUGUAUCCAGCACGGCCAUGUAUGAACAACAUGGCCCAGAUGGGAAGAUCAAGGCGUUCGUGUGCCCCCUCUUCUCCUGUGGACGACUCUUCAAGCGCAUGGAGCAUCUAAAACGCCACCUUCGGACUCACACCAUGGAGCGCCCGUUUGCGUGUACGAAGUGCAACAAAAAGUUCUCGAGGAGUGAUAACCUCAAUCAGCAUCUUCGAACGCACGAUCGUACAGGUUCCGGGCCCGCGGCUAAUCUCGAUGGGGGCGAUGAAAGCACAGCCCACCGUGGUGGUGGUGACUCUUACAUGGAGGAUGACUCUGAGCAGGAAGCGGAACGGAUGAACAGGGUUACAGAGUAUGCGAGUGGAGAGGAGAGCGAGGAGGAUGCCCUGGCUCGUUUUAACAGCCUGGAUGGAAGCUUGUAUGGUGGAUCGAUGGAUCUCAACAACAUGGACCCUUCGGCCUUCGCGAUGGUUGGCGGCUACUCAGCUUCCGGAUUCCCGAUGCGCGAACUCGAGGCGCGAGACGUUCAAGAGGUUCAAGGCGAUGAAGAAGGCUUACUCGUCCUCUCCCCUUCCGCGUACAACGACCAAUCCCAGAACAACUUCUAUCCGGCAUCGUCGACCCUGUUCGGAACCAACGGUGGAUUCGGCGAUCCUCAAUGGUCGACUCGGGCGCAACCCAGUACGGGAUACUCGUCGUUUGGAAACCCUACUCCGAAUCCCCUGCAGAUGCGUGGAAACCGCAAUUCGAUGGGUUCUCUCCCGUCAGGCUAUCCACCGUCAGGUCAAGGACAUUCAGCGCACUCUUCCAUCUCGUCAAUUCAUGGUGAUGAACUGGCGCCAUCGCUCUCCGCACCAGUUCAUAAACCGACUUUUGAUCUUCCUGCGAUGUACCAAGCAGGGAUGAUCCUCGACGAUACCUCGAGCUCGGGUGGGCCAAUUCGGAGACAUCGUAGCAUGACCCCAUCCCUUCGAAACGGUGAACCAAUCAGGCGACCUCCCACAGCUAGUAGCGGCGAAUUCAACCCAGCUAUUCCGGGCUCUACCCCAAGCAGUGUCGGAUCCAGCUCGAGCGUAUCGAGUCAUCGUGGUUACCAUCCAUACGCUGGGUACUCAUCUUCUCGGGGAGGCUCUGCACAUUCCAGCCCUGCCGCUCACAACAUCCCGCUGGGCGGCGCGGGCGACUACACUGGAAUGAGGUCCAGGGCUUCCAGCUUUGUUGGGGCUCCUCCGUUGCCUAUGAUGGGCAGCGACGUGUCGAUGGCUCCGCCGGACAACAGUUUCGGGGAGGCGAUGUAUCGAACGGAGUCGCCUGCGUUCAUGGCUCAAACGGAAUCCCCUGCUCCGUACAACAUCGAUCUUCCGGGCCAGUAUGGUGGUGGAGGUGCUUACUAUGCCACUCAACAGCCCGCGGGACAUUCCGCCACGAUGCCUACACAAUAUCCGAAUCAGCAACAAGCCUCGUUUGCCGAUGGGUACUACCCCCCGCAUGUCAACACCCUUUAA